AUGGCUUCUGCUGUUGACUCUCCCCCGGCGCACUCGCCUCCUAGCCAUCCUCCUCAACGACCCAGAGGUAUUCUCAAGAACUCGUAUCAGAAAUCUCCACCAACCUCGCCGAGCCACGACGCUUCUUCCAACGAGAAGGAGGUUACUAUUGCCAACACCCAAAUCAACGCUGGUCACCGUCGUUCGUCUUCUGGAGGAUCUCGCCCUACAGGAUCUCGCCGACAAUCCGGCGUCAAUAGCUCUAUCGGCGACACACUCGAACCCUCUCAGCGACUAAAGUGGGACGAGGCCAACCUAUAUCUCACCGAGCAAGAGCGCUCCUCUACUAUGAAGAUCACAGAACCAAAGACUCCCUAUGCCAAACACUACGACCCGGCGGAGGACCCGUCUGACGAAGAGGAGGAUCCUCUGGCAGACGCUGGUGCUAGUCUUAAAAAUUCACGUCCAAGCCGUGAAGAUGACAUUCCAGGCCUUUCGCUGGGCGAACCGGAGGAGGAGAUCCCGGAAACGGGCGCGCCGUCACCCCGCAGCGAAAAGAGCGUCCACGUCGACGACGAGAGCAGCAUCGGCCACGACGCCGAGGCAGAACUGGCGGGUAUGUCCCCGGAGGAACGUGAGAAGCACCGAAAGUUUGAACAGCUCCGUAAGAGACACUACGAAAUGAAGAAUGUGGCCCAACUUCUGGGCCACCCUGAGGAACUCGACGAAGAUGAUGAUGAGGGCGAGGGUAACGUGCCACCUAUGCCACGGGUUCCCAACGGCUCCUCGUAA